CCAUCCAACUGACCUCUUUGAAAUUGUUUUCCAACUCCUAUCGUUUAGCUCAACGUGUCGGUCAUCACCACCUCCGUCCUCUAUAAAACGCCCUUUCUCUUACCAAAUCUUUCUUCACAAAGAUCUCUGUUCUCAAGUGCCCCAAUAAACGCACAGGAUGUGGAGAGCAGCAUCAAAGCAAGUGAUCCGCACAGUCGGUUCCUCUUUAUCAGAUCUCUCUCCCCUUGCAAAGCAGCUCCAUGCUUCUCCAGGGAGUAAGAAGAUAGUCGGCGUGUUCUAUAAGGCUAAUGAGUAUGCAGCGAAGAACCCUAAUUUUUUGGGAUGUGCGGAGAGGAGUUUGGGCAUUAGGGAAUGGUUGGAGAGUCAAGGUCAUCAGUACAUUGUUACUGAUGAUAAAGAAGGCCCUAACUCAGAACUUGAGAAGCAUAUUCCUGACUUGCAUGUUCUAAUCACCACCCCCUUCCAUCCUGCAUACGUUACUGCCGAAAGAAUCAAGAAAGCCAAGAACUUGCAACUUCUUUUAACUGCCGGUAUCGGCUCCGAUCAUAUUGAUCUGAAAGCCGCAGCCGAUGCAGGGCUGACUGUUGCGGAAGUUACAGGAAGCAAUGUUGUCUCAGUAGCAGAAGAUGAACUCAUGAGAAUUCUUAUUCUCAUUCGGAACUUUGUCCCAGGUUACCAACAGGUAAUUAAUGGUGAAUGGAAUGUUGCUGCGAUCGCAUAUCGAGCUUAUGAUCUCGAGGGAAAGACUGUUGGUACUGUUGGCGCUGGCCGUAUUGGAAAGCUACUGUUGCAGCGUCUGAAGCCUUUUAACUGUAAUCUCCUCUAUCAUGAUCGAUUGAAGAUUGACCCAGCCUUGGAGAAAGAGAUAGGUGCAAAGUUUGAGGAGGAUCUUGAUGUUAUGCUUCCCAAGUGUGACAUAAUUGUAAUUAACACUCCUCUUACAGAGAAGACAAGGGGUUUGUUUGACAAGGAAAGAAUCUCGAAGUUAAAGAAGGGAGUUCUUAUUGUUAAUAAUGCCAGAGGAGCUAUUAUGGAUACUCAAGCAGUAGUAGAUGCUUGUUCCAGUGGACAUAUAGCAGGUUACAGUGGUGAUGUGUGGAAUCCACAACCAGCUCCUAAAGAUCAUCCAUGGAGAUACAUGCCUAACCAUGCCAUGACCCCUCAUAUUUCUGGCACAACUAUUGAUGGCCAACUAAGGUAUGCAGCUGGUGUGAAAGACAUGCUUGACAAAUACUUCAAAGGAGAGGAUUUCCCUCAGCAAAACUAUAUUGUCAAGGAAGGCAAACUUGCCAGCCAGUACCUGUGAUUUCCUCAUCUCAGUCUGAUGGAGAGAGAACUGCCUUU